AAUUUACGCUUUUCAAAUUCUCUUAAACUUUUCCUUCUGCUUUCGUUUUUUUUUUACAGAUUUUUUUUUUUCUGUAUUUGCCAAUUGAAAUAUUAACAGUAUACGGGAGCAAGUGAAAUUAAAAAAAAAAUACAAUAAAUUAAAAAGUGCCUUAGUAGAAUGUUUAUUUAAGACGGAAAGAAGAAUAAAAACAAAGACCACGGCGACAAAAUGCCAAAAAACUUGUUACUUUUCAAAAAGUUAAUACCAGAAAUAAACUUCGCGAAAAGGAAUCUUACAUCGCCGCUCGGCCGGAACAUAUACAUCAGUUAAAUAGUGGUGCUUAAAUCAACCAAGUUGAAAAACAAAUUUAAAAAAAAAGUUAAAAACAAAAAUAAGACAGAGUGCCAUAAAGUUUUUCUCGAAGAAAAAAAUCUUAUGGUGUGACAAGUUGCCUUAGCCGACAAAGUUGGAAAUAAAAAAAAAAUAGGAACACCAAAAAUCAGUGAUACUAGUUAAGCCGCAAUGCGAAUACGAUUCGUGCGUCUUCUCAAUCAUUGGUCGAAGGUCACUUAAAAAGUUAAAUUUUGAAAAAAGAAUAAUGAUGAAUAACAGUCAAUUUCACGAGUUGUUCGGCUCUCAGUGGCCUCCGGACCAGCAUGGGGGUCACUCGUCGGCAUCGACGAUGCUGCACCAGGGACAGAAUUUGCCCCAGGGUAUGCAAUUGAAGAGAGAGCCUCACACUGAGGUCCAGGGCGUGAUGCAUAACCAGAUGGGUAUGGACAUAACAUCAGGAUCUGUGGCCGAUAGCACCUCACCCCCUCCAGGGAAUAGUGAGGGGAUGUUCGGUUCCUCUAUAUCAGGGAUGUUCAUGGACAAGAAAGCUGCCAACUCGAUCAGAGCGCAAAUUGAGAUCAUACCCUGCAAAGUCUGCGGGGACAAGUCAUCAGGAGUUCACUACGGCGUCAUCACGUGUGAAGGGUGUAAAGGGUUCUUCAGACGCUCCCAGAGUACAGUGGUGAACUACCAAUGCCCGAGGAACAAGGCCUGUGUCGUGGACCGCGUUAACCGGAACAGAUGUCAAUACUGCCGGCUACAGAAGUGUCUCAAGCUGGGGAUGAGCCGUGAUGCCGUGAAAUUUGGACGUAUGUCGAAGAAACAACGCGAGAAAGUAGAGGAUGAAGUCAGAUAUUUCCAAGAGAAGAUGCGUUCACAAGCUGAUGCUGCACCGGACUCAGUUUACGACACACAGCAACAGACGCCCAGCUCGAGCGAUCAGUAUCAUGGACAUUACAGUAGCUACCCAGGCUACGGCUCCCCACUCUCCUCAUACGGGUACAACAACCCGCCGCUCAACUCCAACAUGAACAUUCAAGCUCAGCCUCCCCAGUACGACGUGUCAGCCGACUACGUCGACUCGACGACCGCUUACGAACCGAAGCAGAGUGGUGGGUUCCUUGAUACUGACUUUAUCGGACACGACGAUCAACAAAAGAGCAUCAGAGCGACCACAUCAACAGCGACAGCGACAACUUCAACAACAACAAUGCGACAAUCAACAAUAAACGAUAUAAACCGGACUAGAAUAGAGUUUGACAGAUACGAUGAGAGAAUCCAAUCGCCAGCUUCCAUAUCCAGUGGCGUCAUCAGUAUAAAGCAGGAAAUAAAGCCGGAAACAUCCAUGGGGGUUGAUAAUUUAGUAGCCAGCUAUGUGGACUCGACAACAUUCUUGAAUAGUCCAACAAACAUGAAUAGCCCGAUGGACAUACAGAACACGGUUCUCGUUAGUGGUCAGAGUUCAGUCUCUUUGACUAGCGAGGAGUUGAGUCCGGAUGAUUUGACGUCUAGUAGUGGUCAUGGGAGGUUGAUGGAUCCGUUGAAUAUGAACAUGUCUGGGAUGGGCAUGGUGAACCCAAAUGCUGUGUCAAACAGACGACAUCAGGGUUCGAGCAGUUCAAAUGACGAUUUGCCGUCUGAAGGAGAUAUUAGCAAAGUGUUGGUUAAGAGUCUGGCUGAAGCUCACACAAAUACGAAUCCUAAGCUAGAGUACAUUCAUGAGAUGUUCCGGAAACCACCAGAUGUGCCCAAAUUACUCUUCUACAAUUCAAUGACAUAUGAGGAGAUGUGGUUGGACUGCGCAGACAAACUGACAGCUAUGAUACAGAACAUCAUAGAGUUCGCGAAACUCAUCCCCGGCUUCAUGAAGCUGAGUCAAGAUGAUCAAAUUCUGUUACUUAAAUCGGGCUCAUUCGAGUUGGCCAUAGUUCGCUUGUCACGGCUGAUUGAUGUGAAUCGCGACCAAGUACUGUACGGUGACGUCGUUCUACCUAUUCGAGAGUGUGUACACGCACGUGACCCUCGUGAUAUGAACUUGGUGUCAGGAAUCUUCGACGCCGCUAAGACUAUUGCCCGGCUCAAGCUCACCGAGACAGAGCUAGCCCUGUACCAGAGCCUCGUUUUGUUGUGGCCAGAACGACACGGCGUGCGCGGCAACCCGGAGAUUCAGUGCUUGUUUAACAUGUCAAUGGCUGCGAUGCGCCACGAGAUUGAGACGAACCACGCACCUUUAAAGGGAGACGUCACAGUGCUGGACACACUUCUCACUAAGAUACCCACCUUCAGAGAACUGUCGUUGCUGCAUUUGGAAGCGCUUUGCCGUUUCAAGGCGGCUCACCCACAUCACGUAUUCCCAGCUCUGUACAAAGAAUUAUUUUCUUUAGACAGCGUUUUAGAUUACACACAUGGAUAAAAGAUUUAUUAUAUAUAUAUCGAGGAUAUCUCCUUUGAGUUGCAACUAGAUCUCAUUUUUGCCUAUGAAAACGGGACGUUGGCAGCAGUGAGGCCGUGUGACUUCUAAAGACUUGACAGCUACGUUUCAUUUAUUUCCUCCCCUCCCCGACACUAUCGCUGGAGGCGUCCGUUCACCGUUUGUUAACCUAUUUAUAAUUGUAUGUAUGUACUUUGAGACUGUUAUAAUGAUAUUUAUGUAUUCGUACGUACGUACAAUAUUAAUAUUAAAAUGUUUAUUUAAUUCGAGUCUAAGUACCGAUGGACGCCUUCAGUUCUACAUUUAUUGUCAGAACGCUUGGCGAUAUAUUGGUUAACUUUACAUAUAAAUGUAGAGUAAUGGAAAUACUUGAAACCGAGUACGUCGUUUAUGUAAUAACAUAAUAAUAUAUUUAUUUAAAUAUUAUUAUGUAUCACAUGAAUGACAUUACGUAUAAUUAUCAUAAAUUGUAUUCUAAUAUUGACGAUGAAAUAAUAAUGAUUAUUAUAUAAAUAUAUAAUAAUAGAAAUAGAGUUUUUAUUAAGAUAUAAAUAAAAAAAAAGUUAUAAUGGUUUAGCGUGACCACACAACAGUUUCUUUUAAGCGAAACAUUUAAUUAAAAAUAGGACUUUUUUAUAAUUAUUUUAACAGUUUUUUUUAAUGAGA